AUGUGGGCAAAGAUUGCAGCACCAGGGGUGGUGCUUCUGACUGUAGCAGUAUCAUCGUCAUGGGCAGCCCAGAUCCCUCAGAUCCCUCUUGUAGGACCCACUCCGGCUCUUGGUACACAAGAUCACAGUCAGAACUAUUCGUUCGACCCGUUGUUGCAUCUACCUGGACUAUCUCCCUACUUUGAUGCCGUUGGAUUCGGGCUCGAACAUUCGGCACCGCUAGGUUGCAAGGUCACAGCAGCCAGCUAUCUCGUUCGUCACGCUGCCAUCUAUGCCAACGACAAUGACUAUGAGCAGUUCAUGGAACCCUUCCUGUCAGCAUGGGAGAAGGCAGACAAGAACUGGACGGGGCCGCUCGAGGUGCUGAACGAGUGGAAGUCGCCGUACACUGACCUCGAAAACCAGAUGGAGCAGCUGACACCUGCUGGCGCUGACGAUUCAACCAAAGUCGCCCAGCACCUGCUCCGCCGGUAUCCUGACCUGGUGCCAACGACGAACAAGGUCUUUAGUGAUGGAAAAGCCCGGACCCAAGAUACAGCAAAGGCCUUCAUCAAGGCUUUUCCUCAAAAGGUCGAGUUGAAGAAAAUCCACAAGCAUGGCGAGCAGCACGCCGUCAUACCCCACAAGUCAUGCGAUGCCUUCACCAAGGCUGCGGGUGACAAGGAGCAAGAAAUAUUCAUGCAUCAAUAUACCCGUGGUAUCAUUGCGCGCCUACAACCACACGCCGCGUUUGGCCUCAAGCCGAACCAGAUUGUAGGACUGCAGCAGCUUUGCGGAUAUGAGAGCGCCAUCACGGGCCAACUGAGCAAGCUGUGUAACAUAUUCACACCCAUGGACUGGCUAGCCUAUGAAUACCUCUGGGAUGUGAAAUACUAUUACAUGGUUGGACCAGGAAAUCCGCUCUCGUCUUACCUCGGCUUCCCCUGGCUUAACGUUACGGCUGAGCUCUUCUCUCAGCUCCACGACGUUGACGAUGACAAGGUGUCGAGCAAGAGCAAGGCUGACGAGAGCCAGCGGUUCUUUGUCUCUUUCACCCAUCGCGAGGUGCCGCCCUUUCUCGCCACGGCACUCGGCAUCUUUAACUCGUCUUCGGGGGUUGACGAGGCAAUGCCGCUAGACAGAAUCAACUUUCCCAGGUCUUGGAAGAUGGCUGAGCUCAUUCCAUUCCUGGGACAUAUAGGCAUUGAAAAGAUGACGUGCGGGCCAGAGUCUGGGGCGAUUGGGGGCUCCGAGUUCAUUCGGGUAUUGGCAAACAGCGCACCUCGACCGAUUCCUCAAUGCCAGAGCGGCCCGGGCGCAAGCUGCGAACUUUUCGAGUUCCAAAGCUUUGCGCUCGAAGGAUUGAAAAAAUAUGGACAGUUUGACAAAGUGUGCGAGAACGGCAAAGACAGCAAGAAGAGGUAG